AUGAACAACCUCCUUUUGAUUAUUUUGCCAUGUGGGAAAACUGAAAUUGUGCUGCAGAACGGAACCCAAACUUCGGCGCUCUUGUUAUCACCAAAUUAUCCAGAGAACUAUCCGAAUUAUCUUCGGUGCUUCUGGCUCAUCACCGCCGACGCAGACGCCGUAAUUUCCCUAGAAUUUUCCCUCCUUGACCUGGAGCAACGCGACGACAAACUCGUCGUUGGCAACGGGGCCAAUUCCCCGGACGAGGCAUCCACCAUUGUGACUUUAACGGGCACGCUAAGCAGCGUCCGUGUCCUGACCCAAACCUCAGAAGCCUGGGCGUAUUUCCAAACAACAGGUGUUUGUCGAAACGAUGAGUUUUCCUGCAAGUAUACUUCAGCUGGAACUGUGUGUCUUGGCAUGGAGGAAUCGUGCAAUGAUUACACUACUUGUAAAGAUGGGUCUGAUGAGAAUUGUGAUAACGGCAACUGUGGAAUCCGGUAUAUUUUUGUCCUCGAAGAGCAAAUCAAUUUCACUUCUCCUGCGUUUCCAAGCCCUUACCCGUUAGUCACUUAUUGCACAUGGGGCGUCAUUUCAGGCAUGUCGUCCUCACUGGUCUUUAAAGUUGUGGAGUUCGCUCUCGAAGACGGAUUUGAUUUUGUGAGAUUUUACCUCGGGGACCACCCUGCUUUAACAGUGUUCGAACUUACUGGUACAGAUAUCAAGAUUAGGAGGCUUGUCUAUAAAGGCUCUGUCAGCGUAACAUUCACCAGUGACCUGUCGGGGGCUCAUCGGGGAUUCUUCUUUUUGAUACAUCAUCUCGAUGUAGAUAAGGAAGAUUGCGAUGUGGCCGACUUUGAUUGUGGUAAUGGGAUCUGCAUCGACCCGACCGCCAAAUGCAACGGUUUCAACGAUUGCCGAAAUAACAGAGACGAGUAUGAUUGCGAUGAUGUCGUGUGUCCCGAUGCAUACAAGUGUGACAGGCUUUUGUCUUCGUCCGUAAUAUCACCCGGAAUAUCCUUGCCGUCGACACCGAGUUCGACACCGAGUUCGACACCGAGUUCGACACCGAGUUCGACACCGAGUUCCAGUUUAGACAGCAGUAAUAGUUCACCAUCCCCGUCGCCAUCACCAAAUGGUUACAUCAGCAGCUCUCGAUGCGUGUCUGUAGCGAAGGUCUGCGAUGGCAAUUUCGAUUGCCCCGCCAUGGACGAUGAAACUGAAUGCGAUGUGAAAAAGUGUCCUGCUGAUUGCGAAUGUAACUACCGGGAGGGUGAGUUGAACGUCACAUGCGCAAAUGGAUGGAACAGCAACAGCACACUUUUGUCAGGAGUCGCCGUGACCACAAAGUUGUUGCAACUAUCUGGAGUAAACAUCUUUUCGCUUGAACCAGGAACUUUUAAGGCAUUGAGGAACCUCAAAGUGCUGUCUUUGAAGAACAACGAUAUAUCUGAAAUAACACAAACCACCUUCAGAGGUUUGGACUACUUAUUGUGGCUAGAUCUGUCCAACACGUCAUUGAUUGAGCUGCAACAGUUUACAUUUAAUGAAAUGCCCAGCCUAAAGGGGAUAACUAUCUUUGAUGUUCCACUGGAAACAAUUCGAAAUAAUGCAUUUGCUGGACUAAGUCAAUUGGAUACUUUAAUUCUUGUGCGGCAAGACAGAAAUUUACCUCAACUGAAGUUUGAACGUAAUGCAUUUGAAGAACUUGUAGGCCAGACAAAUCUAAAAAAUUUGUACGUAGAUGAUCACCGUAUUUGCUGUUUCUUCAAAGAUAAAAACGUUGAAUGUAAGACGUUGGAACCGGAACCUCCCUUGUUCAUGUGCAGCAAUCUCAUGCCAAACCUCGUCUUAAAAAUCUUCAUGUGGAUCUUGGGGAUAAGCGCCCUCGUCGGCAACAUCUUCGUCAUGAUCUGGAGAUGCCGCGAAGAGACUGCAGGUCGAGACAGUCGGAAAGUUCACUCGCUUCUCGUGUUUAACCUCGCCGCCUCCGAUUCCCUUAUGGGCUUGUACAUGAUGAUCAUUGCAAUUGCUGAUGUUCAUUACGGUGACACUUAUUUUGAGCAAUCCUCGGAGUGGCAAACAAGUGACCCUUGCAGGUUAGCUGGCUUUAUUUCCAUUGUUGCGAGCGAAGCUUCGGUGUUUUUCUUGACUCUUAUUAGCGUCGAUCGAUUCCUCUCCAUCGUAUUCCCUUUUAGCAGUAGACACAUUCGUCCCCGGAUGGGUCGCAUUAUUUCCGCUUUGAUAUGGAUUUGCACCCUGAUUGUCGGCGUGGUUCCCACCAUACUUGCUUUUGAUUCGAGCUCAGAUUUAUAUGGCCUCUCUGACGUAUGCAUUGGGUUACCACUGAUGACAAAAGUGGCGCGAUAUGAGACAAGAAGCCAGACAAUUGAUGCGGGUGGAGUCGCCAACAUAACCGUUGAAAUACCAUACGCUGCUGAAUAUCGCGCCUCUUGGUUUUUCUCUAUCGCGCUUUUUCUUGGCGUCAACCUGCUCUGUUUCGCUGUGAUUCUCAUAUGCUAUAUUUCCAUAUUUGUCAGCGUCAAGAUGUCAAUGAAGCGAGUUCGACGUCACAAAAGUAGAGACGAUGAAGUUCGCAUGGCAAUCAAAAUGGCGGCGAUAGUCAUGACUGAUUUCAUAUGUUGGACACCAGUGAUAGUCAUGGGUAUCCUGUCUCAAAGUCGCAUCGUGGAGAUACCACCAGAAACCUACGCCUGGGUUGUCGUCUUCAUCCUUCCCAUAAACUCCUCCCUCAAUCCUUACCUCUACACCAUUGCGGAUCUUUGCUCCAAGCGUCGACGUUUUGCCUCAACCCAGAAGAAGGAAACCUCUAACGAAAACAAAAAAAGCAAAUCCACCAUGAAUACUGUUUUUACUAUUGAUGUUGCGAGCAAACAGGAGUAA